AUGGGAAAAGGUCAACGUGCCGGCCCAGUCGACUGGACAGCAAACUUCCACGGCCAUGUCGAGGCCGAUGGUGCCGUGUCCAUCGAGGCUGCCCACCACGACGGUACUGCCAACAGCUCACAUAUCGCAUCCGACUAUGGCCGCUCCCAAUUAGGUGUGCUUCUGCUGCAGCUCACUCUUUCUCAAGAACCGAGCAAGGACUCUGUCACUGCCGCUCUACCUGCGCUCACAGUGUCCCUCUCGCCCUUGGAGAACUCCAUUCCCACGCGCCCCUGGCUAAUGCGGGUAACAAGCUGGUCGACCGGCGUCGUUGCCAGCGUAAUCUUUCGUUGCGACCAGCAUCCUUUGGUCGUCGCCAUUGGUGCAUGGGAGGCACAGUCUUGCACCAUGGCCAUCACCAAAUUGGUGGUUGACGUAGGGGGUCUGAAAGCCCAGUACGUUGGGUCCACCGGAGAGCGUGCAGGUCUGAGUGAGAUGUGA